GAUGAUUUCGUCGUCCGAACAGGGAGUAACGUGCGGGCGCACGCGCAACCCUAGGGACCAGGAAACUGAGUUCGGCAAAUUUGGCCCAUUUCGUCGUGAGGUUGCUUCUGUGUAAGGGCUGUGGAAGGAAGAAAAGCUCGGUGAAGCGAAAGGCGAAGGCGUGAAGCAUAGCGAUCGUGACGGGAAGUUGAUCUCGCUGUUUUGACCGAUCGGGUUGAAUGGCGAUGGCGGAUGCUGCAUCAUGGGGCAGCAAAAGGAAUCCUGCUCGACGCCUCGGGGGUAUGUCGGAUGCCCUCAGUCUGGCUGCCGAUCUCGGCCUGUGCACGCCGCCAGUGCAGGACGAUGGUGCUCAAAAUGGCUCGCCGAUUGCAAUGGGACCAGGCAGCGCAGAUGCACUGGUCAGAGUGUUGCGAGAGCUGACUACAAUCCAGCGGAACUUAGUCAAUCUGCAAGUCGAAUUGCAAGGCCGGCAGAUGUUCAAUACAUGAACGGGUACUUCAUCGAUGGUGGCAGGAGGAUGAGCGAGUGGCACAUUUGACCCAUGUGGGUGAGAUCGAGAAGAAAAUGCAAGCGUUAGCGAAAACGACAGCAACGUUAAAAGAUGUGAUCCAAAAUAAGGACCGAAUUAUCGCCCGCUUACAGCAGCCAUACUCCCUUGAUUGCAUUCCCGUUGAGACAGAAUAUCAGAAACAGUUUUCAGAGCUGUUGAUUAAGGCAGCUGGUGACUAUGGAGCUUUAUCUGCUGCCAUGGGAGAUCUCCAAUGGAGUAGCAAUUUCAAAGAUCCACCUGCUGUUUGGGGGGAGUUGUUGAGACCAAUACCUGCAGCCCUGGCGUCAUGCACUAGAUACUCCGAAGCUCUAUCAGCGAUGAGAGAGGCGGUCACAGAGAUGUGUAAACUGAGGGCCGGUAGUACGUUGGCUCCACUGAAGGUCGGCUGGUCUUCUCCCCGACCUGAUCCCCGACCCGAACCAGAGUGUGUAACCCCUCAAUGGACUCGGGAGACAGUAAUCUCGGAGGAACCAAGUUCAGAAGACUUGAUCAGUCGAACUCGGAGGCUUGCAUCUCAACUUCAGCCUCCACGAGAAGAGGAGUGGCGAACGGUUACUGAAUGGUAUGGUGGCAGCAUCACUCGAUCGCAUCUGACUCAAGCCAUGUACGGAACACGCUGAUAACACCUGGCCGGUUAUCAAGUUCAACGACAUUGAUCGAUAACACAAUAUCUCUGCGUGGAACAAUGAAUCUGGAUUCAUCCUGUUGGGCCCAAAGAACGGUACCUGUACACUUGACAGCCUGUUACCCUUCAUUCAAACGUCAGAGACGAGUCAAGAGGGCUGGGCAAGGAGGUCCAUUAAAAGAGCAUGAAUUUGGAAGGAUCCUCUAUCGAAAGUAAACACUGUCGAUAUUCUUCAUCAUGGAGAGCGUUGUACCCACAAUAGCAAAUUUUGAAUCAAAUUUCGUAGUUUACAGUGUAUAGCCGAUAGAUGUAAAAUCUCACGGAACUCACGAAAAGCGCAGGACACCACGCUUGAGACGCCGCUUAAGAAAACCCUAUGCACCUCGGCUCUCUAAGCCGUAUGUAGCUCAGAUGCCUGUCGUCAUCGGGCUGAGGGAGAAAUACUGAAAUACGUUGCUUCUAAGACUUCAAUAUAGAUACCAGAUACUUAGAAAAGUUC